AAUUUUUCUAUGCAUGAAUUUAAUUGUUUAUGGCAAUUUUUUACCGAUUGAAGAACGAACAAUCCUACCUUUCAUUCAAUCAUAUCGAGAAAUAAUUGAAUAUAAACGUAUGUUUGAUGAGCUGGAUGCACAGGAUGUAAAUAAUUUUGAUGAUUUAUCGUGGGUGAAUAAAGAUGAAAAUGAUACUGAAUUGCUAAAUUACCAAAUGGAUGAGCCUUUUUCUAUGAGUGAUCAUGUGGGCUUAUUUUUGUUUGUGAAGAAAAAUCCCAAUACUCCUUAUUUAUUAAACUUGGAAAACAGCAAAAAUGCACCAAUUAAUAUUAAUCACCGAACUAUAAUAAUAAUCCAUGGAUGGAGAUGUUCCGGUAACAGUACUGAGGCUUUUGAAGCGAAGAAUUCCUUCAUCAAAGCUGGUGAUUACAAUGUUAUUGUUGUCGAUUAUGCAAAAUAUGCAUACUUGUUAUAUCCUAUUGCAUGCAAAAAAGGAAGUAAAGUGGGGGCUUACAUUGGACAAGUGCUUGUUUCUUUAUACGAACAUAAUAAAAUUCGUCUGGAAGAUAUCCAUAUAUUUGGAGCAUCAUUAGGCGGACACGUCAGUGGAUUUGUUGGGAAAGCGGUCAAAUCUCUAUCAGGUAAAAAAGUUGGUCGUAUUACUGGUCUUGAUCCAGCUGGACCCGUUUUUGAAAUACCUGUUUUACUUGAAAAGGAAAAACGAUUGUAUAAAGAUGAUGCGCUAUUUACUGAUAUAAUUCACACUGGCGGUGGAGCUCUUGGUUUUCGACAGUCUCUUGGACAUGCUGAUUUCUAUCCGAAUGGUGGAUUACCUGUUCAACCUGGUUGUGGAAACGAAAUAUUCCCAUUUAUGUGUAGUCAUAUAAUAUCCGGCAUAUUCUAUGAAGAAUCUAUAACGACCGAUAAAUUCCUUGCAACGCCAUGUUCAUCUUGGCAAGCUUUUAAACAAGGACAAUGUGAUGGAUUAGAACGUGUUUCAAUGGGACAUCAUUUAGAUGUAACAAAAGCACGAGGAAAUUAUUAUUUAUACACAAAUGAAAUAUCACCUCAUGCAUUAGGUUGAUUUUUAAGCUAAGGGCUUAUUUUUUUAUUGUAAC